AUGGACAGAGAUAAUGCGACAAAGGACAGUGAUAAUGGGACCAAGGACAGUGAUAACGGGACCACGGAUCGUGAUAAUGGAGCCAAGGACAGAGAUUAUGGGAUCAAGGACAGUGAUAAUGACAGCGAUAAUGGGACAAAGGAUAGUGAUAAUGAGUCGAAGGACAGCGAUAAUGGGACCAAGGACAGUGAUAAUAUGGCCAAGGACAGUGAUAAGGUGACCAAGGACAGUGAUAAUGUGAACCAGGACAGUUAUAAUGGGACCCAAGACAGUGAUAAUGGGACCAUGGACAGAUAUAAUGGGAGCAAGGACAGUGACAAUAGGACCAAGGACAAUGAUAAUGGGACUAAGGUCAGCGAUAAUGUGUCCAAGGACAGUGAUAAUGGGACCAAGGACAACGAUAAUGGGACCAUAGACAGAGAUAAUGGGAGCAAGGACAGUGAGAAUAAGACCAAGGACAGUGAUAAUGGGACCAAGGACAGCGAUAAUGGGACCAAGGACAGU